CAGCCGCACCAGCGUUUCCAUUGUGGAAAAUAACGUGAUCGGUGGUACGGUUAGUUCUAGAACAGCAGGCACAAAUCUCCGACAGCAAAAAUGUACGCCCCGCAGCAGCCGAUUCUAAUUCUCAGCAAAAACACCAAGCGAGAAAGCGGCCGAAAGGUGCAGUUGGAGAACAUCAAUGCCGGCAAAACGAUCGCCGAUUUGAUCCGCACGUGCCUAGGUCCGCAGGCGAUGAUGAAAAUGCUGAUGGACCCGAUGGGCGGCAUCGUCAUGACGAACGACGGCAAUGCCAUUCUGCGUGAAAUCACCGUGCAGCAUCCGGCCGCGAAGAGUAUGAUCGAAAUCGCUCGCACGCAGGACGAGGAGGUCGGUGAUGGAACCACGUCGGUCAUCGUGCUUGCGGGGGAAAUGUUGGCCGUGGCGGAGCAGUUCCUGAAGCAGCAAAUUCAUCCGACCGUGAUCAUCCGUGCGUAUCGGGAAGCGCUGGAGGACAUGGUGAACAUUCUCCAGGAUGAGGUUAGCAUCGAGCUGAACCGCUCGGAUAAGAACCGGCUGGCAGAUGUGAUCAAGUCGUGCGUCGGAACAAAGUUCAUCGGUCGCUGGACCGAUAUGGCCGUGCGUAUCGCGCUGGAUGCGGUCGAGACGGUUUCGCUGACGGAGAACGGUCGCACCGAGAUCGACAUCAAGAAGUACGCCAAGGUGGAGAAGAUUCCCGGCGGUUCGAUCGAGGAUUCGUGCGUGCUGCGCGGUAUCAUGCUGAACAAGGAUGUCACACACCCGAAGAUGCGUCGUUACAUCGAGAAGCCACGCAUCGUUCUGCUGGACUGCCCACUCGAGUACAAGAAGGGCGAGAGCCAAACGAACGUGGAGAUUGUCGGCGAUCAGGACUUCACGAAGUUGCUCCAGAUCGAGGAGGAGCAUGUGGCUCGCCUCUGCGCCGACAUUAUCGCAGUCAAGCCAGACGUAGUGUUCACGGAGAAGGGCGUUUCCGAUCUCGCACAGCACUUCCUACUGAAGGCAGGCAUCACGGCUAUCCGCCGACUGCGCAAAACGGACAACAACCGGCUGGCUCGCGCUUGCGGUGCCACGAUCGUCAACCGUACCGAGGAGCUGACGGAGAAGGACGUCGGCACGGGAGCGGGGCUGUUCGAGAUUAAGAAGCUGGGCGACGAGUACUUCUGCUUCGUGACCGAGUGUGACGACCCGAAGGCGUGCACAAUUCUACUCCGCGGUGCCUCGAAGGACGUGCUGAACGAGACGGAACGCAAUCUGCAGGAUGCGCUGCACGUCGCGCGCAACCUUAUGCUCGAACCAAAGCUUCUCCCCGGUGGAGGAGCUGUGGAGAUGGCCGUCUCGCAGGCACUGGCCAAGAAACAGAUCCAGGGACCGUACCGAGCGGUGGCACAGGCAUUGGAAAUCAUCCCGCGUACGCUGGCCCAGAAUUGCGGUGCCAACACGAUCCGCACGUUGACGGCACUCCGGGCGAAGCACGCAUCACACCCGGAAGGCAAGGGACCAUGCACGUGGGGCAUUGACGGUAUCACCGGGCAGCUGGCGGACAUGCAGGAAAAGAACAUCUGGGAACCGCUCUCGGUGAAGCUGCAGGUGUACAAGACGGCCGUCGAAACGGCCAUUCUGCUUCUGCGCAUCGACGACAUCGUGUCCGGAUCGAAGAAGCGAGGUGACGACGGCACUGGCCCCUCGCCGGCCGCUGCUGCCGCUGGCAUGGGAGGAGAAUAGGCUCACUCACUCGACAUAGUCGGCGCCUUGUAUUGCUUUAGCUUUUCAUACAUUUCGUUGUCCUUAAAAAUCUACCCAUUUUCGGGGUUAAUGAUCCUCAUCUAUUACAACUAAUGCGUUCGAUGGCCCAUGUGCAUUUUCUCCAUUUCCGGAGGCGUAUUUAGCCACACUUACUAUAAAACUAACACGUCGAGAACGAGAGGAAGAGAAACAGAAGCAUCAAUCCCAAUUCUACGGACACGGUCAGGCUUUGCGCUUCGGUUUUCUGAAGCGUCGUUUCAUUUUGUUUGUUCGUCCACGUUUUACCAUUAAUUUCACCCAAAAUAAAAUAUUUCUUCACUUCGCGAA